GGGGAACGAGUAAGGUAGCCCAAGGUGACCGUGGGCGAGGGGUUUAGCGGCGGGUUUUCUUACUCCAAUCCUCUCUCUCACUCUCUUAUCCACUGAAUGCUGCUUCCAUGACUUCCACAGCUUACCCUCUGUACUCAAUGGCUCAAUUUUCCACGCCUUGGAGAGUACCCCAAAAUCCCCGAGGAAAUAGUAACUUGCUCACACCUUGUACUGCUGAACUCAAUGUGUCGCAAAACUCACAACUUUUUAGCGUUCACCAUCUCAAACGGGCAAAACCUCUGCUGUUGUACGCUGUUUCAGUUUCGAAAGAAGAUACCCUCGCUCAAACUCACGAUGAUACUUCAAAUGUCUCCAAUGUUUCACUCAAGGUUCUGCCAGAGGAAGAAUCGAUCGGGAGAGUUACGGUUCAGGACCCAGCAUGGAUUUCUUCUGUUUUCUUGAAAAACCUAUUCGUUAGAGCUACUGAGAUUCAACGGGAGAAGAUUAGGAUUCGCGAAAACGACGGGCAAAAGUACCGUUUGUUGAGGAAGAGGCAGGUGAUGGCGGAGACCGAGGCUUGGGAGAAUAUGGUAGACGAGUACAGAGAGCUAGAGAGAGAAAUGUGUGAGAAGAAAUUGGCGCCACACCUCCCUUUUGUGAAGAGACUCUUGCUUGACUGGUUUGAGCCCCUGAGAGAUGCAAUAGUGAAGGAGCAAAAGGCUCUGAGGUCCAAGAAGCACAGGGAAGCGUUCUCUCCUUACAUUGACUCUUUGCCUGCUGAUAAAAUGGCGCUCAUUGUGAUGCACCAGAUGAUGGCGAUGUUGAUGACGGGCGGAAAAGAGAGUAGGUGUGUUCCCGUGGUCCAAGCUGCAGUGCAGGUUGGCAGUGCAAUUGAGCAGGAAGUUAGAAUUCAUAGUUUCAUGGAGAAAUUGAAGCAAGUCCAGAGACAAACAACUGAAGCACCAACCCAGGAGGAUUUCAGCAAGGAUCCAGUACUGUUAAGAAAGCGGAUGCAAUGGCUGAUUAAAAGGAAUAGAGUAUUUGAAGUGAAAAAAUUUUUGAGAAAUGAAAAAUUUGAGCCUUGGGACCAAGAUACAAAGGCUAAGUUGGGAUGCCAUCUCAUAGAAUUAUUAACAGAAACAGCUUACGUGCAACCCGCUGUCCAUCAGUCAGCUGAUUGCCCUCCUGAUAUUCGGCCUGCAUUUAGGCAUUAUUUCAAAACUUCAUCACAAGAUUUUGGGAAAAAUUUUGUGAAAAAGUUUGGUGUUAUAGAAUGUGAUCCCCAGGUGGUUGCCGGAACAGAUACAGUUAAGCACAUGAUGAUUCCUUAUAUACCAAUGUUGGUGCCACCAAAAAAAUGGAAAGGGUAUGACAAAGGUGGGUACUUGUUCCUACCCUCAUAUGUGAUACGUACUCACGGAUCUUGGCAUCAAAAAAUUGUUCUCCAAAGUGCUCCCUUGAAACAAAUGGAACAAAUAUAUGAGGCCCUGACUACUUUAGGCAACAUAAAAUGGAGAGUAAAUAAAAGAAUAUUAAGUGUGGCAGAAAGUAUUUGGGCUGGCGGUGGCAAUAUGGCUGGCCUCGUGGAUUGCAAUGAUGUUCCCAUACCAGAGCUGGACUCAGAUGAUAUUGAAGAAGUGAACAAAUGGAAAUGGCAUUUGAUGAAAGCAAAGAAAACUAACCGUGAGAGGCACUCGAUAAGAUGUGACAUUGAAUUGAAACUUUCUGUGGCUCGGAAAUUAAAAGACGAAGAAGGCUUCUAUUAUCCCCAUAAUCUUGAUUUUAGGGGGCGUGCAUACCCUAUGCACCCACACUUAAAUCACUUAAGCUCUGAUCUCUGUAGAGGAAUCCUCGAGUUUGCUGAAGGACGUCCGCUAGGAAAGUCUGGAUUACGCUGGCUGAAGAUACAUUUGGCAAAUCUUUUUGGAGGAGGUGUUGAAAAGCUUUCAUAUGAUGAGCGCCUAGCAUUUGUCGAAAGCCACAUUGACGAUAUACUAGAUUCAGCCAACUAUCCGCACACUGGAAGUCGUUGGUGGUUAAGAGCUGAGGAUCCUUUCCAGUGCUUAGCUGCUUGUAUCAAUCUUUCAGAAGCUUUAAGAAGCUCAUCACCACAUACUAUCAUCUCCCACUUGCCAAUUCAUCUGGACGGCUCAUGCAAUGGCCUACAACACUAUGCAGCAUUGGGGAAAAAUAGUAGGGAAGCAGCAGCUGUCAAUUUAGUUGCUGGAGAGAAACCUGCUGAUGUUUAUUCUGAAAUUGCUCGAAGGGUUCAGUAUAUUAUAAAAGAAGAUAGUCUAAAGGACCCAUCUACUGAUCCCAGCGCUUUACUAGCCAGACUAAUAAUUGAUCAGGUAGACCGGAAGUUGGUGAAACAGACAGUAAUGACUUCUGUGUACGGUGUUACUUUUGUUGGGGCACGUGAGCAGAUCAAAAGAAAGUUAGUGGAUAAAGGUCUUAUUACUGAUAAUAAGAUCCUUUUCAGUGUUUCUUGCUAUGCUGCCAGGGUGACAUUAUCUGCUCUUGGAGAGUUAUUUCAAGAUGCGCGGCAUAUUAUGAAUUGGCUUGGAGAUUGUGCAAAGGUGAUUGCUUCUGAAAAAGAACCUGUUCGUUGGACAACUCCACUGGGUCUUCCAGUUUUGCAACCAUAUUUUAAAAGUCAAAGACAUGUGAUAAGAACUUCUCUUCAGAGAUUGGCUUUGAAGCGUCGUACUAACUCUAUUGAUGUCAAGAAACAGAGAACCGCUUUUCCUCCAAACUUUGUGCACUCGCUCGAUGGUUCACACAUGAUGAUGACUGCCAUUGCCUGCAGAGAUGCAGGACUGCAUUUCGCAGGGGUGCAUGAUUCCUUUUGGACACAUGCUUGCGACGUUGACCAGAUGAAUCAAAUACUAAGAGAGAAGUUUGUUGAGCUAUACAGUACGCACCCAGUUCUUGAAAAUCUGCUUGAAAGUUUCCAGGCAGCAUACCCAAAAUUGAACUUCCCUCCUAUACCAAAGCGAGGCGACUUUGAUCUGCAAGAAGUUCUAAAGUCUCCGUAUUUCUUCAACUGAACCAUUCAUUCAUUACCAUUGGUGAAGACCUGCAAGCAGCUAUGGAGUAAUUCUGUCAUUCAUCAUACAUGGCAAACAUGCACAAGUCGCAUAAGCUUCAUUUGCCUGAGAAUUUGUAGCUCUUGACCGGCACAUGAGUUCUCAUACAUGGUAUGAAAAGCCGUGCACAACAGAGUUUCCAACUUCAUAACAGAGCUCCCAUCACCUGUUCCUGAUGUGAAGAGGGUGUGUUCUUUCAUGCAUGGUCUUGUCACUUUGGUCCCUUUCUGCACAAGAGUAGUCUGGCGAAAUGAGCAACAGGACAUGGUACAUAUUGCACUCUAUGUAUUUGGAAGCUCCACUUGAGUUGGAUCUGUAAGACUGUAACAUACAUUUUGGGAUCUCCGCUUGUCGAUUGCAGAAAUAGCUUGGAAAACAGCAGUUUCCCUGCAGUUCUACUCCUGAAGGCAACAUUAAGUUCAGACCAUUGCUACCACUAUUUUGGGACUUUUUGAAGUGAUAAAUAUAACGAGUGUAAUAUAGAGGGAACUGAGGAGAGACCAUCUUCCUAAAUGAUGUCAAGGGGAUGGUGUUUUGUAAAUGUAAUAAAGUGGGUCACACCAUUAUCUUUCAUUCAUUGUGCACGCAUUGGCGGACCUACUAAGGGUCCCACGGGGUCCCGGGACCCCAUGGACCUCCAAAAAAUACAUAUAUAUAUAUUUGUAUAUAUUUUACAUAAAAUUAAGUAAUCAGUGUAUUUAUACAAUUGAAACUGAUUUAGAACACAAAUAUGGAGCUAGAGCAGCAGUUGGAAGCUCAAUCUUGAGAUUCUCUACGUGUGGGAG